AUGGAAGAGAGUACAAAUGAUUUGUUGAAGAAGUUGUUGCUUGACGAUCAACAGCCCGGGACCAAUUUCAGAAAUCUUGAGAGGCAAAUGGGGCAGUUAGGAGUGAAUCAAAAUACGAGACCUGCAGGUGCUCUUCCCAGUGAUAUAGAGAAGAACCGUAAAGUUAAUACAGUUACACUCAAAAACGUGAGGGAACUAGAGGAAGUGCCAAAGAAGAUAAAGGACAAGCCUAUACCUGAGGGGGAGUUGAUUCCUAAAGGAACACACGAGUCAAAGAAAGAUGAAGCAAGUUCAGAACCAGUGGAGGCUGCAAGGCCGCCACCACCUUUCCCGCAGAGAUUGCAGAAAAAGAAUGAUGAUCGCAUGUUCAGCAAAUUUCUCUCUUUGUUGAGCCACGUUCAAUUGAAUAUUCCAUUGGUGGAUGUACUUCGUGAAAUUACAAAUUUCACCAUCCCUGUGCGAAUUGGUAAUAUCGAUGUGGGUCAUGCUCUUUGUGAUUUGGGGGCGAGCAUAAAUCUAAUGCUCUUGUCCUUGUUCAAGCAAUUGGGUCUGGGAGUUCCAAGACCAACCACUGUGAUGUUGCAGCUAGCUGAUAGGUCCACAUCAUACAUCGCGGGAGUGAUUGAAGAUGUGUUGCGGCAAAUUGGGAAAUUCCUCUUCCCUGCGGACUUCAUUAUUCUAGAUUAUGAGGCUGAUGAACUAGUUCCAAUCAUAUUGGGGCGACUCUCUUGGCUAUUGGUGAUGCAAUUAUUAAAGUGA